AUGCGUCCCGAAAUCGAGCAGGAGCUCGCCCACACCCUGCUGGUCGAGCUUCUCGCCUACCAAUUCGCCUCUCCCGUGAGAUGGAUUGAAACGCAAGAUGUCAUCCUUGCAGAGAAGCGCACCGAGCGCAUUGUCGAAAUCGGUCCCGCAGAUACCCUGGGCGGAAUGGCGAGACGGACGCUCGCCUCCAAAUACGAAGCAUAUGAUGCCGCCACCUCCGUACAACGUCAGAUCCUUUGCUAUAACAAAGAUGCGAAAGAAAUCUACUACGACGUGGACCCGGUUGAAGAAGAGCCGGAACCCUCAGCCGCCCCCGCCGCCGGUACGCCCGCCCCGGCUGCUCCCGCUGCUGCUGCGGCUCCCGCUGCCGCUGCUGCGCCCGCUCCUCCCAGUGCCGGUCCCGCCGCCGCGGUGGAAGACGCUCCGGUCAGCGCUGUCGAUGUCCUCCGUACUCUCGUCGCACAGAAGCUCAAGAAGGGCCUGUCGGACGUUCCCUUGAACAAAGCCAUUAAAGAUUUGGUUGGUGGUAAAUCGACUCUGCAAAAUGAAAUCCUGGGUGAUCUGGGCAAGGAAUUCGGCUCGACCCCGGAGAAGCCGGAAGACACUCCGCUGGAUGAGCUGGGUGCCGCCAUGCAGGCGACCUUCAAUGGGCAGUUGGGUAAACAGUCGUCGUCUCUAAUCGCGCGUCUGGUGUCCUCCAAGAUGCCCGGUGGCUUCAACAUUACCGCCGUACGCAAAUACCUGGAGACGCGGUGGGGUCUGCAAUCGGGCCGUCAGGACGGCGUGCUCCUGCUCGCAUUGACCAUGGAGCCUGCGUCUCGAAUUGGCUCGGAGCCCGAUGCUAAGGCCUACCUCGACGACGUUGCCAACAAGUAUGCUGCCAAUGCAGGAAUCAAUCUGUCUGCUCCCACCGCCGCCGGAGACGCGGGCGGCAGUGGUGGCGGCAUGCUGAUGGACCCCGCGGCCAUCGACGCCCUGACCAAGGACCAGAGGGCCCUGUUCAAGCAGCAACUCGAGCUUAUUGCCCGUUACUUGAAGAUGGACCUCCGGGAGGGUCAGAAGGCGUUCAUUACCUCCCAAGAGACCCAGCGUGCGCUCCAGGCCCAGUUGGACCUGUGGCAAGCCGAGCAUGGCGAUUUCUACGCGUCCGGAAUUGAGCCUGCCUUUGACCCACUGAAAGCCCGUGUGUACGAUUCCUCAUGGAACUGGGCUCGUCAGGAUGCGUUGAGCAUGUACUAUGAUAUUAUCUUCGGCCGCCUGAAGGUGGUAGACCGUGAGAUCGUCAGCCAGUGCAUCCGCAUUAUGAACCGCUCCAACCCGCUCCUCCUCGAAUUUAUGCAGUACCACAUCGACAACUGUCCCACCGAACGCGGUGAAACGUAUCAGCUCGCCAAGGAACUGGGCCAACAGCUCAUCGAAAACUGCCGCGAGGUACUCGGCGUGGCUCCCGUGUACAAGGAUGUCGCUGUUCCCACCGGCCCUCAGACCACCGUCGACGCUCGGGGAAGCAUCGGUUACAAGGAGGUGCCCCGCGCCAGUGCCCGCAAGCUGGAGCACUACGUCAAGCAGAUGGCCGAGGGUGGCCCGAUCUCCGAGUAUAGCAACCGCGCCAAGGUGCAAAACGACCUUCGCAGCGUGUACAAGAUGAUCAAGAGACAGCACCGCCUGUCCAAGUCUUCUCAACUGCAGUUUAACGCUCUUUACAAGGAGGUCAUCCGCGCCCUGAGCAUGAACGAGAACCAGAUCAUGCCGCAGGAGAACGGCAACGGCAAGAAGUCAGGUCGCAAUGCUGUUCGUCGCAAUGGCAGCCCUCGUGUGGGCAAGGUGGAGACCAUCCCUUUCCUGCAUCUCAAGAAGAAGGCGGAGCAUGGUUGGGAGUACAACAAGAAGCUGACUGGAGUCUAUCUGGACGUUCUGGAGUCCGCCGCCCGGUCCGGCCUGACCUUCCAGGGCAAGAAUGUUCUGAUGACCGGCGCUGGUGCUGGGUCCAUUGGUGCCGAAGUUCUUCAGGGUCUGGUCAGCGGUGGUGCCAAGGUGGUGGUCACGACCAGCCGUUACUCGCGUGAAGUGACCGAAUACUACCAGGCCAUGUAUGCUCGCUACGGUGGUCGCGGCUCUCAGCUUGUCGUGGUUCCCUUCAACCAGGGCAGCCAGCAGGAUGUGCAAGCCCUGGUGGACUACAUCUAUGAUACCAAGAAGGGUCUGGGCUGGGAUCUGGACUUUGUCGUGCCGUUCGCUGCGAUCCCGGAGAAUGGUCGCGAGAUUGACUCGAUCGAUUCCAAGUCCGAGCUGGCCCAUCGCAUCAUGCUGACCAACCUUCUGCGUCUCUUGGGCUCGAUCAAGUCUCAGAAGCAGAGCCAUGGCUUUGAGACCCGGCCGGCCCAGGUCAUCCUUCCCCUGUCUCCCAACCACGGCACCUUCGGCAACGACGGUCUCUACUCCGAGUCGAAGCUUGCCUUGGAGACUCUCUUCAACCGCUGGUACUCGGAGAGCUGGAGCAACUACCUCACCAUCUGCGGUGCCGUCAUUGGCUGGACUCGUGGAACUGGCUUGAUGAGCGGUAACAACAUGGUUGCGGAAGGUGUCGAGAAACUCGGUGUCCGUACCUUCUCGCAGCAGGAGAUGGCGUUCAACUUGCUCGGCCUGAUGGCUCCUCAGAUCGUUAACCUCUGCCAGCUCGACCCCGUCUGGGCCGAUCUCAAUGGUGGUCUUCAGUUCAUCCCUGACCUUAAGGGCCUCAUGACUAAGCUCCGGACCGACAUCAUGGAAACUAGCGACGUUCGCCAGGCUGUGAUCAAGGAGACUGCCAUCGAGAACAAGAUUGUCAACGGUGAGGCCAGCGAAUUCCUCUACAAGCGUGUUGUGGCCGAGCCCCGCGCGAAUAUCAAGUUCGAGUUCCCCAAGCUGCCCGACUGGGAGGAAGACAUUAAGCCUCUCAACGAGAGUCUCAAGGGAAUGGUCAACUUGGACAAGGUGGUCGUUGUUACUGGGUUCGCGGAAGUCGGUCCUUGGGGUAACUCGAGAACUCGCUGGGAGAUGGAAGCGUACGGCAAGUUCUCCCUCGAGGGCUGUGUCGAGAUGGCGUGGAUCAUGGGUCUUAUCAAGCACCACAAUGGUCCCCUGAAAGGAAAGGCUUACUCUGGCUGGGUUGACGCCAAGACCGGAGAGCCUGUCGACGACAAGGAUGUCAAGCCCAAGUACGAAAAGUACAUCCUGGAGCACUCUGGUAUCCGUCUGAUCGAGCCUGAGCUGUUCAAGGGCUACGACCCCAAGAAGAAACAGCUGCUUCAGGAGAUCGUCAUUCAGGAGGAUCUUGAUCCCUUCGAGGCCUCCAAGGAAACCGCCGAGGAGUUCAAGCGGGAACACGGCGAGAAGGUCGAGAUCUUUGAGCUGCCUGAGUCCGGUGAAUACACGGUUCGCCUGAAGAAGGGUGCUACUCUCCUUAUCCCCAAGGCCCUCCAGUUCGACCGUCUCGUUGCUGGCCAGGUUCCCACCGGCUGGGACGCCAAGCGCUAUGGUAUCCCUGACGACAUCAUUGAGCAGGUCGACCCUGUCACUCUGUUUGUUCUUGUCUGUACUGCGGAAUCCAUGCUCUCGGCCGGUAUCACCGAUCCUUAUGAGUUCUACAAGUACGUCCACUUGUCCGAGGUCGGUAACUGCAUUGGUUCCGGUAUUGGAGGUACCCAUGCCUUGCGGGGUAUGUACAAGGACCGCUAUCUCGACAAGCCGCUGCAGAAGGACAUCUUGCAAGAGUCCUUCAUCAACACAAUGAGUGCUUGGGUCAACAUGUUGCUGCUGUCUUCUACCGGUCCCAUCAAGACCCCUGUGGGAGCUUGUGCCACAGCCGUGGAGUCCGUCGACAUUGGUUAUGAGACUAUUGUUGAGGGCAAGGCUCGUGUCUGCUUCGUCGGUGGAUUCGACGACUUCCAAGAGGAAGGUUCAUACGAGUUCGCCAACAUGAAGGCCACCAGCAAUGCCGAGGACGAAUUCGCCCAUGGACGUACUCCUCAGGAAAUGUCCCGGCCCACCACCACCACCCGUGCUGGAUUCAUGGAGUCCCAGGGUUGUGGUAUGCAGCUGAUCAUGAGCGCCCAGCUUGCCUUGGACAUGGGUGUUCCUAUUCACGGUAUCAUUGCAUUGACCACCACCGCUACUGACAAGAUUGGCCGCUCUGUCCCUGCCCCCGGUCAAGGUGUCCUCACCACUGCCCGUGAGAACCCCGGCAAGUUCCCCUCUCCCUUGUUGGACAUCAAGUACCGUCGCCGCCAGCUUGAGCUGCGUAAGAAGCAGAUUAAGGAGUGGCAGGAGUCCGAGCUGUUGUAUCUCCAGGAGGAGGCGGAUGCCAUGAAGGCCCAAGACGAGUCUUUGAACGUGUCCGAGUACCUCCAGGAGCGCGCUCAGCACAUCGAGCGCGAGGCUAUCCGACAGGAGAAGGACGCUCAGUUCAGCCUCGGCAACAACUUCUGGAAGCAGGACUCUCGCAUUGCUCCUCUGCGUGGCGCCCUCGCUACUUGGGGUCUUACUGUGGAUGAUAUUGGUGUCGCUUCUUUCCACGGUACCUCGACUGUGGCCAAUGACAAGAACGAGUCGGAUGUCAUCUGCCAGCAGAUGAAGCACCUGGGCCGCAAGAAGGGCAACGCUCUUCUGGGUAUCUUCCAGAAGUACCUCACCGGUCACCCCAAGGGUGCGGCUGGUGCCUGGAUGUUCAACGGCUGUCUGCAGGUCCUGGAGUCCGGCCUGGUUCCUGGUAACCGGAAUGCGGACAACGUGGACAAGGUCAUGGAGAAGUUCGAUUACAUUGUCUACCCCAGCCGCAGCAUCCAAACCGACGGUAUCAACGCCUUCUCGGUCACUUCCUUCGGUUUCGGUCAGAAGGGUGCUCAGGUCAUUGGUGUCCACCCCAAGUAUCUGUAUGCCGCUCUGGACCAUGCUCAGUUCCAGACCUACAAGGCCAAGGUUGAAGCCCGCCAGAAGAAGGCCUACCGGUUCUUCCACAACGGCCUGAUCAACAACAGCAUCUUCGUUGCCAAGAACAAGGCUCCGUACGAGGAUGAGCAGCAGAGCAAGGUCUUCCUCAACCCCGAUUACCGCGUCGCUGUCGACAAGAAGACCUCCGAGCUCAAGUUCCCUUCGGUUCCCCCCAAGGUCGCCGACAAGGGUGUUGAUAGCACCGCGAAGGUAGUCGAGUCUCUUGCCAAGGCCAAUGCUGCCGAGAACUCGAAGGUUGGCGUCGAUGUGGAGAACAUUGACGCUGUGAACAUUCAGAACGAGACUUUCCUCGAACGCAACUUCACGGCGGGUGAGCAGGAGUACUGCCUCAAGGCGGCUUCUCCCCAGUCCUCGUUUGCCGGUCGAUGGAGCGCGAAGGAAGCGGUCUUCAAGUCGCUUGGUGUCAGCAGCCAAGGCGCCGGUGCUCCUUUGAAGGACAUCGAGAUCGUGAAUGGCCCCACCGGGGCGCCCGAAGUCAACCUCCACGGUGCAGCAGCAGAGGCCGCUAAGAAGGCUGGCGUGAAACAGAUCAGUGUGAGCAUUAGCCAUAGUGAUUCCCAGGCUGUUGCGGUGGCGGUUUCCCAGUUUUAA